UGCCUUCUGCAGCCUUUUCUUUGUGCCAAUACAGAAGUGCUUUGUGGUAGGCCAUCUGGGCCGGGAGGAUUUCCUCACAAUUCAAAGUAUGACGUCUGUCGCCGUGCGCUGGGAUUUACCGUGAAGCUCUGGAGGUUGCGAGGAAACGUUGACGAAUUCGACUUUGGGACGUGUGAACUAGGUGCCGGGAUGGAAGCCAGCCUGCCUGACCUCACGCCUGCAGGGCUUUCCUCCACCCUUGGGAACCUGAGCAAUGAUGACAGCAUUUCUGCGGCAAGUACCUCCGACGUGCAGGAUCGCCUCUCUGCCCUGGAACUGAGAGUUCAGCAGCAGGAGGAUGAAAUCACGGUGCUGAAGGCCGCCCUGGCCGAUGUGCUCAGACGUCUGGCAAUUUCUGAGGAUCAAGUGGCAACUGUCCGAAAAGCACCUCCAAGUAAAGGUCCACCCACGCUUCGUGAAGCCCAUUCUAUACCUUGUAUCACCAAUGGAGGUGCUGGAACCAGAAAACCAACUCACACUGGAUCGAUUGCUAGAAAAGAUACACUGGCGUCAGCUGCCAAAAGCGGCACAGAGAAAAAGAAAGAGAAAGCUCCAGGCGUCAAAGAGGAAUCAAAUGAUCAAAAUCCAUCUCCUUCUCUCCAACCUUCCCCACAGCCUACUCAAACACACAGGCCAAAUCAGGAAAGCCGAACCCCCACAUCCGCCAAAAGUAUAAAACGAAGUUCCACCGCAGACAGAUCACACAGCACAUGGGACAGCUCUGAUCACAGUCAGAAAAGACUCGUAAAGGCGGCUUCCACGUCAAAAUUAACUUCAAAGACUAGCAAAGCUUCAGACAAGCAAAAAGAUAUUGUCGUCAGCCCAGCAAAAAUGUCGACAAGAGAAAAAAACAGCCAAGAAGGAGAAUACAUUAAGAUGUUUAUGCGAGGCCGACCAAUCACAAUGUUCAUUCCUUCGGACGUGGAGAACUAUGAAGACAUCAGAACAGAACUGCCACCAGAGAAGUUAAAACUGGAGUGGGUAUACGGUUAUCGUGGUCGAGAUUGUCGCGCUAAUGUUUACCUCCUCCCGACUGGAGAAAUUGUAUAUUUCAUCGCCUCUGUUGUAGUACUGUUCAACUAUGAUGAAAGAACACAGCGGCAUUAUCUCGGUCACACAGAUUGUGUUAAAUGCAUCGCUCUCCAUCCAGACAAAAUCCGAAUCGCCACAGGACAGAUUGCAGGAGUGGACAAGGAUGGAAGGCCUCUGCAACCUCACGUGAGAGUCUGGGACUCUGUCAGUCUAUCCACGUUGCAAGUCAUCGGCCUUGGGACCUUCGAGCGUGGCGUCGGAUGCCUGGCUUUCUCAAAAGCGGACUCUGGGGUACAUUUGGCUGUAAUCGAUGACUCUAAUGAACAUAUGCUAACUGUAUGGGACUGGCAAAAGAAGUCAAAAGUAGCAGAAAUAAAGACUACUAAUGAGGUGGUCCUCGCCGUAGAAUUCCAUCCGACCGACGCCAACACGAUAGUCACCUGCGGCAAAUCUCACAUCUUCUUCUGGACCUGGAGUGGAAACUCUCUGGCGAGAAAACAGGGAAUUUUUGGGAAAUACGAGAAACCAAAGUUUGUGCAGUGCUUAGCCUUCCUACCCAACGGAGAUGUACUUGCUGGAGACUCCGGUGGAGUCAUGUUAAUAUGGAGCAAAACUCCAGUCGAAUCAACAGCCGGUAAAGGAGUAAAAGGCGUCUACCAAAUUAGCAAGCAGAUCAAAGCCCAUGAUGGAAGCGUGUUCACACUGUGCCAGAUGAGGAACGGAAUGAUGCUCACAGGAGGCGGGAAGGACCGGAAAGUCAUUCUGUGGGAUCAUAACCUGAACCCGGAGAGGGAGAUUGAGGUUCCAGAUCAGUAUGGCCUCAUCCGAGCUGUAGCAGAGGGCAAAAGUGACCAGUUUCUAGUUGGCACAUCGAGGAACUUUGUUCUGCGAGGCACCUUUAACGAUGGCUUCCAGGUGGAAGUUCAGGGUCACACAGAUGAACUCUGGGGACUGGCAACGCACCCCUUCAAAGAUCUUCUCUUAACAUGUGCUCAGGACAAGCAGGUCUGUCUAUGGAAUAAUGUAGACCACACGCUGGAAUGGACCAGACUUCUAGAUGAACCUGGACACUGUGCAGACUUCCAUCCAAGUGGAAUAGUUGUAGCUAUUGGAACACAUUCUGGGAGAUGGUUUGUCCUAGAUGCAGAGACAAGAGAUCUGGUUUCAAUACACACAGAUGGGAAUGAGCAGCUCUCAGUGAUGCGAUACUCACUUGAUGGAUCUCUCCUUGCCGUGGGUUCACACGAUAACUUCAUUUAUCUCUACAAUGUCUCAGAGAAUGGAAGAAAGUAUAGCAGAUACGGAAAGUGCGGUGGACAUUCCAGUUACAUUACUCACCUUGACUGGUCCCCAGAUAACAAAUACAUAAUGUCAAACUCAGGAGACUAUGAAAUAUUAUACUGGGACAUUCCAAGUGGUUGUAAAUUAAUCCAGUAUCGUUCAGACUGUAAAGACAUUGACUGGGCAACGUACACUUGUGUGCUAGGAUUUCAUGUCUUUGGCGUGUGGCCAGAAGGCUCAGACGGCACGGAUAUUAACGCCUUAGUACGAUCUCACAACAGAAAGGUUAUUGCUCUCGCUGAUGACUUCUGUAAGGUCCAUCUAUUUCAGUAUCCGUGCUCCAAACCAAAGGCUCCAAGUCACAAGUACAGUGCUCACAGCAGUCACGUAACCAACGUAAGCUUUACCCACAGUGAUAGCCACCUCAUUUCUACAGGUGGGAAGGACAUGAGUAUCAUGCAGUGGAGACUGAUAGAGAAGGUGUCACUGCCUCAAAAUGACAAUCUAGUUGAAAUCAAUGCAGCCCCCACGCCAACUCUAACCGAGAAAGUUAUGCAGGAAAUUUCCCCUACCUCCGAACCACCACCCGCCAAUGAGGAAGUCACAGCACCAGUAGAGUCCCCUGUACCGAUGAUCGAAGAUGCUGGAGAAGAAGAUACGAUAGACGCGGCGGAGUGUCCAAACGAGGUGCAGAGUGAAGUGAGCAGCCAAGAACCUGUGGAGGAAAAUGGCCAAGAGGCCUCUAGUGAAAUAAAUGAGGAGUCAACCCAUUCUCCGACCCUAGCUGAAACCCAGGGAGAAGAUUCACCGGUGUCUUAACAGCGUCCUUUAUCAGUCCGUAUCUUUUUUUUUUUCUCUUUUCUUUGUUUUUGUACCUGGUGUGUGAGCUUUCGUUAUGGGAAGAGGGUUUAACUAGCGAGGAGAAUAUUUGGCUGGAAUACGACACCAUACUUGUGUGAUGUAGGCUUCGGGAGACUGUUCACGAGCUCCAGAACAAGCCAAAGCUGGAAGAUGGAUGAGAAAACAACAAUGUAGAUGACACUUAAGAACCAAUGUCACCGAGUGGUUUGUUGUACUUUUUUAUUUUUAUUUUUUUUCGUACGGUCAAACUGGGUCAAUAAAGGUUAAAAAUCUUGAAUAGAAAAAGCAAACAGUGAUUUUACAGAAGACAUAUUUACAGAUGAGACAGAAGCAUUUACUAGGUGCAUGAAAGGCCAAAGGAUGAUCCGCACUGGGUUAUUUUUCAGGUGAAUAUAAUAUCGCAACCUGCGCUCGACUUUCAGAGCAGCUUUGGUCAACAUUAUGCAAUUUUCAUACAGUUUUAGAUAACGUUUGCUAUACAAAGUUUGCCCUAAGUGCUGCUACCUACUUUUGAGGACUGUUUUUACUGCCUAACAGCUAUAUUUAGCAGCCUAUUUAAUAUGAUCUUGCUUUAUCCUGCCCAGGCAAUCUUUUUUAAAAUGUUUGAGUUUUUUUUUUUUUUUUUUUUUUUUUUCCGAUACUAAUUCACAUAUUGCAUGUCUAUUCGCAAAGGUGAACAGAUAACAUUUUGUUUGGGAGGGUGGGGGGAACAAGGUGUGAUUGCAGUAGGAUUAUGAAUUAAUCACCCGUUAAUUAAAUCAAGAUUCACGGUCACUGAUAAUGGUGCUUGGCAUUCAUAAACUUUUUUUUUUAUAUAUAUAUAUAAGAAUCGUAAUGAAAAUUCCGUUUCAAAUUAGUUUAUUGUAGUUUUUUUUUUGUUUUUGUUUUUUUUUUGCAAAUAAAUGCAUUUGUCAUACAGCCAAAUCCCUUUAGGGGAAAUGAAAAAAAAAUGCAUUUUUGCGAAUAUUUUUGAAAGAACCAUAAGACUGUUUUAUGUAACUUUUUUGUUCAUAUUUUAGUUUUUUUUGUUUUUAUGCACAAGUCUUAAGUGUGCAAGAGUUUACAUCAUUGCGCCAUUCCAAAGUGCAUCCAAAACGUCAUUCCCUUCCAGUAUCUUCUCAGGAGAAUUGCUACAGAAAAGGUGAAGAGAACAGGGGCCGCCCAAAGGACAUUGCAUACACAACCAUAUCUACAGUAAAGUUAUAUGGCAAAAUGUUUAUGUAUGUGUCUCUAGAUUAUAUUUGUCUAUCUUCGUAUAUGUAUGUGCAUAUGGAAGUAUAUACACGUACAUUUAUCUAAAGAUUUAUUCGGAUGUAUUCUCUUGUUUACAGUGGUCCUUAAAAAAUUUAAAAAUAAUUCCUCAGUCUUGAGGAAAUAAAAAAAGUCAUACCAAACAAGAUGCGUAUUUAUUAUGUGAUGGUUACUUUUUUUUUUAAGAUCUAGGCGUGACUUUAAAACAUUAAAAUUUGCAAUUUGUUUUCAAAAAUUUCAAAUGAAUGUUCUGAUAAAUACGCAGUUGUUUGGAUGGGGGGGGGUCAACUCUUGCUGUUACUACAAAAGAGGGGAAAAAAAACAAGGCAUAUGAAAUUGCAGAUAUGUAAAAAGCCUUCUCAUGUAUGUAAUGGCGACUAAUGUUUAUUGAAAAAAAAAUAGAUAUGUGAUUUAUGGAUGAAAAGCGUUUUAACUAUGUAACUAGAUGUUUCGGGUUCAAAAAUUGUGAAUCAAAUCUGAAUCAGAGUGUUUCAUGUGAAGAUGUUUGAGCCAUUUCUAUCUCAUGCAUUCCUGUCUCAUUGACAGUAUUUUUUUUGACAUUUAAAAGCAAAAUAAAAUCAUAC